AUGGUGAAAGGGGUGUCACGUGUUGAUAAUGCUAUCACGGAAGUAGUAGGCGGUGAGUUAAAGAGGAAGGUGGGAUGCGAAUGGAUGAUGGGUCAGACUUCACCACCACAUCCGGCUGAUCAUGCAGCGACUGGAAUAAAAAAAGAACCCCCAACAGACAAAGCUGCUUUUAGACGAGUAAGGUCAGCAACAGACCGAACGACAUGCCUAAUAACCCAGCCAGCUACUCGACCUAUCACCGGUAUCUAUCUACCCGACCGGAAUGAACGGCGAGAUAAAAUGACGGUAACGACUGGUAACUUCCGUCUCCUUACCAGCCGUGGCAAUAAUUACUUACUACUCAGUACGUACUAG